GGCCGUGGGCUAUAUAUAUACACCCGUAUUCUUAUUCAUCGCAGAAAAAAAUAAAGGAGAAGAAGAAAAUGGCCGCAGAAGAGGGACAAGUCAUCGCCUGCCACACCACUGAGGCUUGGGACGAACAGCUCACGAAGGGAAACGAGACCAAGAAGCUGAUUGUGGUGGACUUCACUGCUUCAUGGUGUGGACCAUGCCGUUUCAUUGCCCCAAUCUUGGCAGAGCUGGCCAGGAAGACCCCGGAGGUCACAUUCCUGAAGGUGGAUGUUGAUGAGCUGAAGACGGUUGCUGAGGACUGGUCUGUGGAGGCAAUGCCUACCUUUGUGUUCCUUAAAGAAGGCAAGAUUGUCGACAAGGUUGUUGGUGCUAAGAAAGAUGAGCUUGUGCUCAAAGUAAGCCAGCAUAUUGCUGCUGCUGCAACUGCAUCUGCUUAGUAUUAUCUGGACAGAAUAUGAAUCUCCUACUGCUUUAGUGUUUUACUAUGUGUAUGCUGCUACCAUUGUUUGCCUUGUUAUGUGAAGCAUUUGUGAAUGCUUAAGAUGUUCAGAAUCUUUAAGAUGAUAUUCUAGCAAUGCAAUGUGUUAAAUUUGAGUCGCC